AUGCGAUACUUGGCGACCUUCGUCGUCUCGCAAGUCUUAUGUAAACGACGACUUCGAUAUAAUUCAUCUUGAUUUUUCCUCUGUCGUCACAGGACCAUGUGUGAUCGACUCAGUUUUCCGUUGGGCGGAUGGUUAUAUUUAUUUCUUUGCUGGAGGAAGUUACUAUCGUUACGACGAAAUAUCACGUGGUAUUGAUCCCGGCUAUCCACAAGCAAUUACCGAGCACUGGCGAGGUGUUCCGAACAAUAUCGACGGUGUAUUUCGUUAUGCAAAUGGUAUUACGUAUUUCUUCAAGGGAUCAGAAUAUUACAGAUUUAAUGACAGCAAACUUCAAGUUGAUUCGGGGUAUCCUAAGAAAAUCAAGGAAUUUUGGAAAGGAAUACCAAAUGGUAUUGAUGAUGUCAUAAGGUAUUUCAAUAUCCUUUUGUUAAACUAA